AUGGAUUAUCGCUCCCCAACUGUAUCCGACAUCCACUACGUUUUGGAACUUCAUGGCUGCUCGAAAACUGUUAUGAUCAAGGCAGCUCGAUCGAUUGCAACUGUGGAGAUGUUCGUUGAGGCGAAGACCUUUGGUCGAGUCGCUGUGAUAUUCAAGAGGGAGUAUCAGUUUUUCGAAAACCACGUCCUUCGUGAUGAGCUGCUCUUCAUCGACUUUUUCAACGGACUGCUCGACCGUCUUCAAAUCCGAACCCACAAACCGGUCGAGGGAUUCGCCGUCUUGGACAUGAGCGUUUGAUUAUUUUCUCAAAUAAAGCUUACGAUAUUCAUGCAAAUUUAUUUUUGAUUUGUUCUAUACUUUUCUGUAAAGCUCCUGUGAAAUAAACAUAUUUUGAAA